UUCAUACUCGAUGAUCUUCAUUAAUUUACUUCCUUUUUACUUGAAUAUUGUGGCCCUAGCCUAUCGCUCCAUCUCUGCUUGACCGGCUGAAACACUGUUGCCCUCGAACUGUUUCAAUGCGGUGGUGCUCAACUUGGACCGAAUUCAAGCUCCCCCGGCGCCCCAGUAAUUACCACCGUUUCUAUUCUUAAUUGUUCCAAGUUACUUAUCGCCCUCGAACUGCUUUCUGGGCUCCUCCCUUUCACCCCCCCAGUUUCACUUCUCCUCCCUUUCUUCAUUGGAUUCUCGUUGAACCUGCUUUUUGGUUCUUCUUAUACCCAGCACUAUGUCUGGCCGUUUCGUGCGCUCAUCCAAGUACCGCCACGUCUUCGGACGACCAACACGAAAGGAUCAAUGCUAUGAUAACCUCCGUGUUUCCCGCAAUGCCUGGGAUACCAACCUGGUGAAGGUCAACCCCCGUUAUCUCUCCGUCAACUGGGAAGCCGGUGGUGGAGGUGCCUUUGCCGUAGUUCCUCUCAGCGAGCGAGGCAGACUUCCCGAGCGGAUACCUUUGUUUCGUGGGCACACCGCAGUUGUUCUAGAUACGGACUGGAAUCCUUUCAACGACGACUUAAUUGCUUCUGGAUCCGAUGAUGGCAGAGUCUACCUUUGGCGAGUUCCUGAGGGGUUCACGGUCAACCCCGACGUAGACUCCGAUGAUAUUCAAGACAUCGCGCCUGUUGGAAAACUUAGCGGUCACCCGAAAAAGGUAGGCCACGUGCUCUUUAACCCCGCGGCCGAAAACAUCCUCGCGACGGCAUCCGGAGACUAUACUGUGAAAAUCUGGGAUAUUGAGGCUGGCGCAUCCAAGCUGACGCUGAAUGUGGGUGAUAUUGUGCAAUCGCAAUCCUGGAGCGCGAACGGUUCUCUUCUCGUUACCACCUCCCGUGACAAGAAGCUGCGCGUAUGGGAUGUCCGUCAAGAACGGCCUGCACAUGAGGGUCCGGGGCACACAGGGGCCAAGAACAGCCGUUCAGUAUGGCUGGGUGAACGUGACAGGUUUGCAACCACCGGUUUCUCCAAGAUGAGUGACCGCCAGCUGGCUCUCUGGGAUAUGCGAUCCCCCCAACUGCCCAUUGAUGGCUUCAAGACCCUCGACUCUAUCUCUGGUGUGUGCAUGCCGUUCUGGGACGACGGUACCCAGUGCCUGUACCUGGCUGGUAGAGGUGAUGGCAACAUUCGAUACUACGAGCUGGAGAACGACAAAUUUGAGUACCUAUCGGAAUAUAAGUCUGCGGACCCCCAGCGAGGUAUUGCAUUCAUGCCUAAGCGUGGUGUGGACAUGCACGACAACGAGGUUACCCGCGCCUUCAAGACCGUUAACGAUACCUACAUCGAGCCGAUUUCUUUCAUUGUUCCUCGUCGAGCCGAAACAUUCCAGGACGAUAUUUACCCACCUACCAUUGGCGUGACACCCGCCAUGAAUGCCUCAGAAUGGUUCUCCGGCAAGGAGGCCAUCCCACCUAAGAUAUCCAUGGGCAGUCUCUACGAUGGCCAAGGUUUGAAGGAGGUUACCGGUAUCCAGGACAAGCCCACCUCUAGCUUGAGUACCGAACCUAAGCCCGAGCCCAAGCGCGAGCCAGAGGCCAAGCCCGCCUCUCCAGUCAAGAAGGCGCCUGAGCCUGUCUCCGAGCCAACACCAGUGGCCAAGCCAGCACCGUCCAUGAAGGACCAGGGCGCAUCUAUGGCUGCUAUGGUGAACAAGUUCGCGGAUGACGAGGAGCCCGAAAAAGUGGAGGAGUCAAGCUUUGAUGAGCCCUCGAAGCCAGUCGAACGGUCUACUCGUUCCCCCGGAACUUCCUCACCAUCGGUCAAGGCUAGCCCGUUCGUACAAAAGGAAGAUCCGAUCAAAGCACAGUCCCCUACCACGGCCUCACCUACGACUGGCGACCGCUCCCCUGUGCCGACUACUCCAAGCACCCAGCCCUCAGCCCCGUCAAGCACCACUGGAUCCGUCCCAACUGACACUGUCCAGCGCGAAAUCAGUGCCAUCAAGGACCUUAUUGCGGAGCAAACCAAGACCAUCGCAUCACAGGCACAGCAAGUGUCGAAACUCACUACCGAGAUCGAAUCCCUCAAGGCUCAGCUGGGCUAGCCUCCAUCCUUAUUGCUCUUGUACUCUACCACGCAUACACAUUACACCCAAACCUCUCCCACUCCUGGUCCGAAUUUUUAUCUUACUCUGCUUACUUACUUGCCUGCCUCUCUUGUGUGCCUCGCGGGAUUUCCCAAUCCUGGUUGCUGUGCUCUAGCUAGCGUGUAGUUGACGUACCCUUCAAUUCAGUUGGAAAGAUAGAAAGAAAGGAUAUUCAGGACGAGUCUCUCGUUUCCCCUUACCCUUCAGCCCUGUUCAUAGCUGUCUGUUUGUUUGUCUAUCUGGUCUGGUUCUGUCAUUGUUAUGUUAGUAGAUGUGAUGCACUGAUCUCGUCGUUUCUUUUUGUAUAGCUUAGCUUAGCUUACAGCAUGAUAGCAAUGUGGAUACCUACUUAUUGGCUUUACG